CAGCUGCGGCGCGUGACGCGGGGCGCGCGGCUCCGUCGGCUACCGCGGGCGGGCGCAGGCGACGGGCACGGCGGGCGAGCGGGCGGUAUGGCGGCGGCGGGGCCCGCGGCGGGGCCGACGGGGCCCGAGCCCAUGCCGAGCUACGCGCAGCUAGUGCAGCGCGGCUGGGGCAGCGCGCUGGCGGCGGCGCAGGGCUGCACGGACUGCGGCUGGGGGCUGGCGCGUCGCGGCCUGGCUGAGCACGCGCACCUGGCGCCGCCCGAGCUGCUGCUGCUGGCGCUCGGCGCGCUGGGCUGGACCGCGCUGCGCUCCGCGGCCACUGCGCGCCUCUUUCGGCCCCUGGCGAAGCGGUGCUGCCUCCAGCCCAGAGAUGCCGCCAAGAUGCCCGAGAGCGCUUGGAAGUUUCUCUUCUACCUGGGCAGCUGGAGCUACAGUGCCUACCUGCUGUUUGGCACCGACUACCCCUUCUUCCAUGACCCACCAUCUGUCUUCUACGACUGGACGCCGGGCAUGGCAGUGCCACGGGACAUUGCAGCCGCCUACCUGCUCCAGGGAAGCUUCUAUGGCCACUCCAUCUACGCUACGCUAUACAUGGACACCUGGCGCAAGGACUCGGUGGUCAUGCUGCUCCACCACGUGGUCACUCUCAUCCUCAUCGUCUCCUCCUACGCCUUCCGGUACCAUAAUGUGGGCAUCCUUGUGCUCUUCCUGCACGAUAUCAGUGACGUGCAGCUUGAGUUCACCAAGCUCAACAUUUACUUCAAGUCCCGCGGCGGCUCCUACCAUCGGCUGCAUGCCUUGGCAGCAGACUUGGGCUGCCUCAGCUUCGGCUUCAGCUGGUUCUGGUUCCGCCUCUACUGGUUCCCGCUCAAGGUCCUGUAUGCCACCAGUCACUGCAGUCUGCGCACGGUGCCUGACAUCCCCUUCUACUUCUUCUUCAAUGCGCUCCUGCUGCUGCUCACCCUUAUGAACCUCUACUGGUUCCUGUACAUCGUGGCGUUUGCAGCCAAGGUGUUGACAGGCCAGGUGCACGAGCUGAAGGACCUGCGGGAGUAUGACACAGCCGAGGCCCAGAGCCUGAAGCCCAGCAAAGCCGAGAAGCCACUGAGGAACGGCCUGGUGAAGGACAAGCGCUUCUGAACCCCUCGGCCCCGCCCCCGUGGACCCGGCCCCACCCCGAAUACCCCGGCCACGCUCCCCGUCCUUGGCCGCUCCUCCACCCCCUCCAACUCUGCUCCUCUAGGGCCGCCGCCACCUCCCCUGGGACCCCGCCCCCUCAUCCUGCCUCCAUUUCCCGGCCACGCCCCCCAGGACCCCUGCCCCUCCGGGGACACCGGCCCCGCCCGCAGCCCACUGGUCCCGGGCCGCCGCGGACCCUGCGCACUCUCUGGUCAUCGCCUGGGAGGAAGAUGCCACCGCCGCAGCAAGGUCCCUGCGGCCACCACCUCCUCCUCCUCCUGGCCCUGCUGCUGCCCUCGCUGCCCCCGACCCGCGCCCCCGUGCCCCCAGGCCCAGCCGCCUCCCUGCUCCAGGCUCUCGGACUGCGCGAUGAGCCCCAGGGUGCCCCCAGGCUCCGGCCGGUUCCCCCGGUCAUGUGGCGCCUGUUUCGACGCCGGGACCCCCAGGAGACCAGGUCUGGUUCGCGGCGGACGUCCCCAGGGGUCACCCUGCAACCGUGCCACGUGGAGGAGCUGGGGGUCGCCGGAAACAUCGUGCGCCACAUCCCGGACCGCG